GCCGAGUUCUGACAACUUCCGGGCGGAACUUUCGAGAAAUCUCCUCAGUGUUGCGUCAACUGCGGGUUCUGCUGUGAAGGUGAAAGACGGGCGCGUUAUUCGUGUUUAUUAAAGAGUUUCUAGUUGUUUUAGUGUGUGUUUUGGAGCGAUGUUGGUGGCACGGUUGGCGUGCCUGCGGGGUCUCCCCGCGACCGGCCUGAGGUCUGCUCUGACCCAGAGGAUCCCUGCUCUUAAACCUGCUACACCUCUGAUCAAACCUCAGCAGGGUUUCUCCAGCAGACCCAGGUUUGGACUGCGGCGCAGUAAGACAGCCAAAGAUCAGCUGCAGGAGGCGGCAUUUGAACCGGCUUCAGAGACGGCGUUUAAAAUUGAUCAGAUGGGGAGGAUUUUUCUGGCUGGCGGAGCUGCAGUUGGACUCGGAGCUCUGUGUUAUUAUGGUCUUGGCAUGUCCAAUGAGAUCGGUGCUCUGGAGAAAGCUGUAAUCUGGCCCCAGUACGUGAAGGACCGGAUCCACUCCACCUACAUGUACUUUGCAGGCAGCGUGGGCAUUACCGCUCUCUCCGCUGUGGCCGUCAGCAGGACUCCGGCUCUCCUGGGUCUCAUGAUGAAAGGAUCGUGGGUGGCUAUAGGAGCAACGUUUGCAGCGAUGAUCGGUGCCGGGAUGCUGGUCAGGACCAUCUCCUACGAACACAGUCCCAUUCCUAAACACCUGUCCUGGAUGCUGUAUGCAGGUGUAAUGGGUGCUGUCGUGGCCCCCCUCACCCUGUUGGGUGGUCCCCUGAUGAUGCGUGCAGCGUGGUACACAGCAGGUAUCGUGGGCGGUCUCUCCACUGUGGCCAUGUGCGCUCCUAGUGAGAAAUUCCUGAACAUGGGCGGGCCGCUGGCCGCCGGCCUUGGAGUCGUCUUCGUCUCCUCACUGGGCACCAUGUUUCUGCCCCCCACUUCGGCGUUCGGAGCAGGUCUGUACUCUGUGGCUGUUUACGGAGGUCUGAUCCUCUUUGGCAUGUUCCUGUUGUACGACACACAGAAGGUGAUCAAACGAGCCGAGACGUACCCGCUGUACGCCACGCAGAAAUACGACCCAAUCAACGCCUGUAUGGGAAUCUACGCAGACACACUGAACAUCUUCAUCAGAAUGGUCAUGAUUUUGGCUAACGGUGGUGGAGGAAGGAAGAAGUAAAUCAUCAUCAUUACACUUCUAAACAUCAGAGGAAGUGAGAGAUUGGACUGUGAAGUGUUCAUAAGAGGGAAAAAUCCAACCCAUUCCUGCUUUUGGGGUUUAGUUGUCAGGUCUAUCCUCCAUCAGAAGCUCACUGGACAGCGAGAGCUCCUCAAUACGCCUGAUUUAUAGAUGUAUUUAUUUUCAAAGAGCUGAAUCGUAUGUGUUUAUAGGUGAUUUGUCUCUUUGCUCAGGCUGUGUGCAGUGGAGCUUCAUUAGCACUGUGUUCAGGUAAUAGAGCUGUGCUAGAUUCUCUGUUUCAUAAUUCUCUG